CGGAGGGUUUGCAGAAAAGCCGCUGCAAGGGAUCCAGCGGCUUCUUCCUCUCCUUGUCUCGUCUCUUGAAGCCUCGGAGCUCUUCUUCCUCCUCCUCCUCCUGGUGCUCUUUCUCUCCCCGCAGGGAAGGGCGCUAGACGGGAGGGGCGCUAUUCAAAGAGCUCCCGGAGGGAAGUGAGCCCGAGAGGAAGGGAGGAAAGGAGGAAGGAAGGAAGACGCGUGCUUUCCGAGGAAGGGAGCCUCAGAUCUACUACAGACAAGUUGAAGGUAUAUUGCAUAAAAUCAAAAUGAAUUCGAGGCCACCACCAUAUUAUGAAAACUAUGCCUAUCAGCCAGAAAACAUUGCUCCUCCAAGGCAUGCCGGUGAUUACAUGUAUCCACCUUACCCGUCUCCAUAUUAUCCUUCAUCAGUGCCACAUUAUAUUCCAAGGGUUUCCACUAAUCAUUCAACUCCAGUGCCAACAGUAGUACAGCCAAAGAUUACACCUGCAAAAUGCAUGCCAAAAGCCAGGAAAGCUGUGUGUCUCUUUCUAGCAAUUUCAAUACUACUAAUAGGAGCUGCAAUUGCUGCUGUUCUCAUCUGGCAUUUUGUGACCGACAGCUGUUUUGGCUCCAAGAUAAAAUGUGGUACAACAGGAAUGUGUGUGGCACCAUCUCAGUGGUGUGAUGGAAUACGUGAUUGCCCUAAUAAUGAAGAUGAAACCCGUUGUGUGAGACUUUUUGGACCAGAAUUUCAACUGGAGGUCUAUUCUUCUCAAAGCAAAGAUUGGUACCCUGUAUGCUCUGAUGACUGGAAUGAUAAACAUGGGAAGACAGCCUGUGAAGAUCUGGGAUAUAACUCGAAUACAUAUUUCAAGAGCCAGACAAUACCGCUUAUUAGUGCAUCUAAAGGCUUUAUGAAGCUGAAUGCAAGUGCUGGGGAUAUAGACUUGUAUAAGAAAUUAUAUAACAGCAAAAGGUGCUCAUCGUUGAGUCUGGUAUCUCUGCAAUGCAUAGACUGUGGCACUCGGCGUGUAAACCGUCGAAACAGAAUUGUGGGAGGGUCCUCUGCCUCCCUUGGAGAUUGGCCCUGGCAAGUCAGCCUUCAUUCCAAUGGUGCCCAUCUGUGUGGAGGGUCUAUUAUCACUCCUGAAUGGAUAAUAACAGCAGCUCACUGUGUAGAAAAGGCGUUUUCUAAUCCAAACUAUUGGACAGUUUUUGCUGGGAUACUGACACAGCCAGAAAUGGUUUCUUCAAAGGGACAUAGAGUUGCAAAAGUAAUUCCUCACCCAGGCUAUGAUCCAUCUUCUAAAACAAAUGAUGUUGCCCUUAUGAAGUUACAGUCCCCUCUUGUUUUUGAUGAAUUUGUACGACCGGUUUGUUUGCCCAACCCUGGAAUGAUGUUUCAGUCAGAUCAACUGUGUUGGAUAUCUGGAUGGGGAGCAAGAGAACAAAAAGGUACCACUUCAAAAAAACUGAAUGCAGCAAGCAUACGUUUGAUAAGUUCUGAUAUAUGUAAUAACAGAUACAUCUAUAAUGGGCUCAUCUUACCAACCAUGAUUUGUGCUGGCUACCUAAAUGGAGGAAUAGAUUCUUGUCAGGGUGACAGUGGUGGUCCUUUGGUAACGUUCAAAGAUAGUUUGUGGUGGUUAGUGGGUGACACAAGUUGGGGAACAGGCUGUGCUACAAAAUAUAGACCUGGAGUUUAUGGAAACAUGACUGUGUUCACAGACUGGAUUUACAAAAAUAUGCAGGCAAACAGACGAUGAUAAUGCUUGUUGGCCAUGUGUCACCCUGUGGAAUGAACAGGACCACGAUGAAUUGGAUUGCCUCAAUCAGUGGUGGAUUGAAUGAGCCUCCUGGGUUUUUAACAGAUUUCUGUGCCAAGUGCCUUAAAAAACAAUAUCAAGAACAUUUUGGUCCUCAACACUUCAUAUAUUGAGUAUAGCCUGAUUUUUAAAAUUAAUGUUUUGAUGCCAUUUGCACCAUCUUGGCUUUGUAGCAUUUGGAUUAUUUUCUUUAAUGAGGAGCUAUAAAGUGGUUAACACCUCUUUUAUCAAAAACUUGCUGAAGUUUUCAUUCUGGGGAUCCUCAGCCUGUUUUUAUUUUUUUAAAAGAGAUAAAUCUGUAAAUUGCUAUUUCAACCUUUGUAUGUGGAAUGCAAGUAUAAAUAUUUGCUGUUUUUUAUGUUAAUAUUUAGUA